AUGCCGCCUUGGGGUUUAAGAUGGUUAAAGUUAUUUCUGAACCCGUACGCAGAUGAUGACUUUGAUCACAUCGAUGAAUCAGACCGUAGAAAGUAUAUCUUCGAACGUCUCGAAGAAUCUGAUUUUUCAGAAAGCUUCUGGGUGGUGGUUGUUGCCGGAGUGGGGUUUUUUACAGAUGCAUACUCGAUAUUCGCAAUUAACAUGGUAAUUCCGAUGCUGGGAAUUAUUUACUAUGGAGAUCCUGUCAACAAGGGAGUCAUGCCUCACAAUUACGAGAUUGCUCUCAGUGUUGUCACGUUGGGUGGAUCUAUCAUCGGUCAAAUAGGGUUCGGUCUUAGUGCUGAUUUAUAUGGAAGACGGAAGAUGUAUGGAUUGGAGCUGAUGAUCACCAUCUUUGCAACAUUAGGUGUGGUUAUGUCAUCUAGUGGUAUCGAAGGCUCAAUGUCCAUCAUUGUAUGGCUGUUGGUAUGGCGUUUUGUCUUAGGAAUUGGUAUCGGAUCAGAUUAUCCACUUAGUAGUGUGAUUACUGCAGAAUUCGCCCCGCACAAACUCAGAGGGAGAAUGAUGACGGCAGUCUUUAUGUGUCAGCCUCUGGGUCAACUGGCCGCGACUUUAGUGUCUUUAAUUGCAGCGGCCAGUCAGAGGACUGGAAUCCCGGCAGAUGCUACGCCGGAGAACUGUACUGGCGAAUGUCUCAAAACUAUGGAUUCUAUAUGGCGAUGGAUCAUCGGUGUGGGAGUGAUUCCAGCAGUCAUCGCUCUUUGGUUCCGACUUACAAUUAUAGAAUCACCAAGAUAUACAGCUGAUGUGGGUAGAGACAGUAGAAAGGCAGCAUCAGAGCUAAGCAGAUAUCUUCCAUCGGAGAUUGAUUCAGCAGUUGCCUCUACGACUUCGAUCGAGAUACAGCCGCAACCUGGGCUCCGUAGAUCAACUACAAAUGGUAAAGGGCGAAUAAGCUCAUCUGAAUCACGAAGAAGUAACGAAGAGACGUUAGACGAGAUUCAUUUGGAAGAUCAAAUAUUGACAACCGCCAACGACAACAAACCUCCCCCAGUGCCUUCAUGGGAAGAUUUCAAAGAAUACUUUUGGUAUAAAGGGAACUUGAGGACACUCAUCGCUACCUCUAUGUGUUGGUUUUGUGUAGAUUUACCUUUCUACGGACUUGGAAUGAAUAGUCCACAUAUAAUCUCCACCAUCUGGCACGGCAUAGGAACUCCACCACAACACAUCUACCCUAUUCUCAUCGACGAUGUAUGGCAAAGUCUUGUGGUUGUUUCUAUCGGUGCAAUUGCGGGUUGUGCUAUCACCUUCGUGGCUAUCGACAAAAUUGGACGACGGAAUAUUCAGAUGGUCGGUUUCUUCUUUCUCUUCAUUUUAUUCAUCAUAAUCGGGGGAUCAUUUAAUCAUUUGUAUAAUAUUGGCGGCUCGGCUGCUACCAUCGUUUUGUAUAUCCUGUGUCAAAUAUUCUUCAACUUCGGUCCGAACACUACCACUUAUAUGAUUCCAGCAGAACUAUUCCCCACUCGAUAUCGUGCACUAUCCCAUGGCAUAUCCGCAGCUUUCGGAAAAUUAGGAUCUGUCCUCGCGCAAUUAUUUCUUGCCUACGUAAACUAUGGCCAACAUAUUGACUACAAUCAUAUUCAACUUUGGCUACCAUAUUCCCUUUUGAUCUUCUCAAUAUUCAUGCUCCUCGGUCUCUUGAUCACGAUCUUCUACAUCCCCACACCCGAGAUCGGCUCAGAUGGCGUGAAAACGCUUGAAGAAUGGGAAGUUGGCAGACCGGCUAAUGGAUUUUCCAAAACGUGGGCAGCUAGAAACAUUGCCGGGGUCUGGAGAUGGAGUUCAAGGAGCUGGGACGGAAUCGUAGGUCUGAUUGAUAAAGAUGAGGGAGAGAGGAGGAAGGAAUUGAGAGAGAUGAAGGAGGAGAAAAGAAUGAUGGUGAAUGAUAAUACUAAUGGAGGAACGGAAGGAGAUGUUGAUUGA